AUGGCCAAUUCUAAUAUUCCGGACUACCAAACUCUCUAUCUGCAGGCGGAAGAGGGACGGAGGCGGGCAGAAGAGCGCGAGCAAAAGGAAGCAGAAGGGAGGCGACAGGCAGAAGAGCGCGAGCAAAAGGAAGCAGAAGGGAGGCGACAGGCAGAAGAGCGCACCCGACAGACCACCUUUACCGAGCUCAUUCAGCACUGCCAUGUCCUUCUCUCCCGAUCAUUGAGAGUUGAUUCACCAUCUCGCUCAACAACUGGAAAAAUACCUCUCCCCAAAGGAAAAUACUGCCCGGCUCGAUUGGAACACUGGACCGACUGUCCAAAACAGCUCUCGGAAGUCUACAAGUCCGUGUGCCAACAUCUUUGCCCGGAGCGGGAACCGCCGGCUCGCCUAUUUUCGUCUCUAGCUGAGAUAGAAGGGCUUGGCCGUCGAUUUGCUCGCAGCCCAUUGAGCAGCGAGCAACAACUUGAGGCCUACGAGCGAUUUGGCGUUGAAGAACAUGUUCAUGAUAUUAUAGCCGAGCUUUGCAAACUGCCAGCCGCUCGUGAGGAGUUCCAGCUUGGAGACGGAAUCCAGUUCAGCAAUCAUAAGAAUUUCCUGAACGAAGAUGAAGCCGCGGAGGUUGAAGCAAACGAGCUUCCCAGUACAAGUCAACCGCGGCCUGACCAGUUCUGCAUCAACCGCGUCGACGGUGCCUCGACCACCAUUCUGACGACUGUCGAGUACAAGCCACCUCACAAGCUGUCUUCUGCAAUCAUACGCAUGGGACUUCGACCAAUGGACCUCUGGAAGGAUAUUGUCCGAGCCAAUAAGACAUCAACCGACCAGGAAGAAAAGGUGAGACACAAGGCGGAACGACUCGUCUGCUCCGCCAUUUCUCAGGAAUACCAUGUGAUGAUUGAAGAAGGACUUGAAUAUUCAUAUCUGACAAAUGGGCUUACCCGCGUUCUGCUCCGUGUUCCGCUCGACCGGCCCAGCACGCUCUACUACUUUCUCUGUGAUCCUCACAGCGAAAUGACUCCAGAAAGUGAUAUGGCUUCCCUCCUAUGGAGAUCUUCUGUUGCGAGGGCACUGUGUCUUUGUUUGAUGGCGUUUCGUUCAUUUCCCCGAGGGCAAGAAUGGAGAAAUCGAGCGUACCCAUUUCUUCACAAAUGGGAAACAAGCUUCGACCGCACGCGCUCACAAAUCCCAGGACAAGAGUUGCAGCAAAUUCCUCACUCCGAUAGCACCAACCCCGAAUUUCCGAGUCCAGAUACUGGCUCAUCCUAUUCACCGCCAUCGUCAUCUCCGUUACCAGCGCCCUCAGAGAGCCGUCGAAUUCCUACGCGAUCUCAAACGAGCUGUGCGCCUUCGGAGGUUCGACCGCGGUCGAAGUCACCUGGAUCUUCCGGCUCCGACACCAAUCAAGCAGCCGGCCAUAAGCGGAGGAUCAGUCAGGUCACGUCUUCACCGUCCGCUCGGCGAUCAGGCCGUCAGCAUAGGGCAGGGCAGGGCCAAGACGAUUAUUCCCAGCGCCGCGCCGCGCAAUUCUGCACUCAGCGGUGCUUGCUUGGCUUGCGGACCAAAAAUUAUUUGGAUGAGCUGUGUCCAAACGUGGAUCAUCAUCGCCGAGGCCAGGCCGAUCCGACUCAGCAUCCAAUAUCGGCCGAGGACUUGAUGCUCUCAUUGAAGAACCAGCUGGACGAAGACAUGGACCGUUGCAUAUCUUUUGGUGAUUGCGGCUCAUACGGCGCUCCAUUUAAACUGACAUGCAUGAAAUACGGCUACACGGUUAUCGGGAAAGGCACCACUGCGGGGUUGUGGAAAGAAGUUUCCCGCGAAGCGGAGGUGUAUCGAGUGCUCCACCAGGCCCAAGGAUCUGCUGUGCCAGUUUUCUUGGGUACCAUUGACUUGGCAAAAAUAUAUUUUCUUCAUGGCGCACGAAUUCGCCACAUGCUCGUCAUGGGUUGGGGGGGUGAGUGUACUACGACGAUGGAGCUGACGCAACAGCUUUGCCGCGAGAUUCACAAGUCGAACAAGGAGAUCAAAUCUCUCGGGAUAAUACAUGACGACCUGAGGCAAGAAAAUGUUCUUUGGAAUGAAGAGCUCCGGCGUGCUUUGAUCAUCGACUUUCACCGUUCUACUCUGAGAUGCCGACCGUCGAAGCCGCGACGGGGUGCCGCAAAACGACGACCGCGUCAAGUGGGGACAAGAGAUGCAAAACGUCUUCGUGUGUCAUGA